ACAUACAUUGCAUUGGCGGCAGUGCGCCCCUCGAUCAGUUCCUGCGUCAGCCGCCCUGUUUUAAUUUGGAGAGAUUUACAAUAUAAUUGACGAGGCGCAUCGCCAGAGCGAUCGGGCAAUGGCGGGCGGGCAGAGCAACGUGCACGUGCUCUCGGCGCUGGACGGCGCCAAGACGCAGUGGUACCACUUCACGGCCAUCGUCGUCGCCGGCAUGGGCUUCUUCACCGACGCCUACGACCUCUUCUGCAUCUCCCUCGUCACCAAGCUCAUCGGCCGCGUCUACUACACCGUCGACGGCUCGCCCAACCCCGGCACCCUGCCGCCGCACGUCUCCGCGGCCGUCAACGGCGUGGCCUUCGUCGGCACGCUGUCCGGCCAGCUCUUCUUCGGGUGGCUAGGCGACAGGGUCGGCCGGAAGAGCGUCUACGGCAUCACGCUGCUGCUCAUGAUCGUCUGCUCCGUCGCGUCGGGGCUCUCGUUCGGCCACUCGCCGGCGGGCGUCAUGGCCACGCUCUGCUUCUUCCGCUUCUGGCUCGGCUUCGGCAUCGGCGGCGACUACCCGCUGUCCGCCACCAUCAUGUCCGAGUACGCCAACAAGCGGACGCGGGGCGCCUUCAUCGCCGCCGUGUUCGCGAUGCAGGGCUUCGGCAUCCUGGCCGGCGGCGCGGUCGCGAUCGGCGUCGCCUCCGUCUUCCGGAGCCGGUUCCCGGCGCCCCCGUACACCGCGGACCCCGCGGCGUCCACCCCGGCGCAGGCGGACCUGGUGUGGCGCAUCAUCCUCAUGCUGGGCGCGGCUCCCGCGGCGCUCACCUUCUACUGGCGGAUGAAGAUGCCGGAGACGGCGCGGUACACGGCGCUGGUGGCCAGGAACGCGGAGCGCGCCGCGGCGGACAUGUCCAGGGUGCUCCGGGUGGAGAUCGCCAAGGAGCAGGCCGAGGUGGCGGCGCCGGCGGGGUGCCCCAAGUGCAGCCGGCCGUUCGGGCUCUUCUCGUGGGAGUUCGCGCGGCGGCACGGCGCCCACCUGGUGGGCACGGCGUCGACGUGGCUGCUCCUGGACAUCGCCUACUACUCGCAGAACCUGUUCCAGAAGGACAUCUUCAGCGCGAUCGGGUGGAUCCCGGCGGCGCGGACGAUGAGCGCGCUGGACGAGCUGUUCCACAUCGCGCGCGCGCAGACGCUGAUCGCGCUGUGCGGCACGGUGCCGGGGUACUGGUUCACGGUGGCCCUCAUCGACGUGGUGGGGCGGUUCGGGAUCCAGCUCGCGGGCUUCCUCAUGAUGACGGCCUUCAUGCUGGGCCUGGCGUUCCCGUAUGAGCACUGGACGGCGCCGGGCAACCAGACGGGGUUCGUCGUCAUGUACGCCUUCACCUUCUUCUUCGCCAACUUCGGGCCCAACGCGACCACCUUCAUCGUGCCGGCGGAGAUCUACCCGGCGCGGCUCCGCGCCACGUGCCACGGCAUCUCGGCGGCGGCGGGGAAGGUGGGCGCCAUCAUCGGCUCGUUCGGGUUCCUGUACCUGGCGCAGAGCCCGGACCCGGCCAAGACGGCGCGCGGGUACCCGCCGGGCAUCGGCGUGCAAAAGUCGCUGUUCGUGCUGGCCGGGUGCUGCUCCGCGGGGUUCGUGCUCACGUUCCUGGUGCCGGAGCCCAAGGGGAAGUCGCUCGAGGAGAUGUCGCGCGAGAACGAGACGGCCGCCGCCGAGCCCUAGUAGAGUCAGUUCAGUUGUAGCGCUAGUACUAGUCCAGUAGUCGUGCCCGUCCGAUUGCUGGAACAAUAAAGUUGUAUGAGUUUGAAUGGAGCAGGUGCACC